AUGAGGAAAAAAAUUGCGUUUGUCUGCUCCAUCUUUGCACUGCUUUCUUGCAACUGCGUGCUGUCUGAAAAGCUGGGCAUCCAGAAGAAGAAAAAAAAUUUGGAGCAGGAUGCCAUGCACAUAUUGAUGAAGAAGCUGGAAAAUCUGUAUAGACUCAGCGCGACGGAUAACAGCGAAGUUUUGAACAAAGAGAUCGAGUCGUUGAAAAAACAAAUCGACCAAUUGCACCAACAUGGUGGGGUAAUCGAAGGGGAAAAUCUAGGCCACCUUCUAGAAAGCGAAGCAGCCAACGAGUCAACCAAGAAGACCAUUUUUGGAGUGGACGAAGACGACUUGGAUAACUACGAUGUGGACUUCACCGGGCAGAGCAAAGGAAAAAUUAAGGGGCAAACGGACCCAACCCCCGUAGCUGAACCCCCCGCGCACAAUGGAGCAGGGGAUCAGGAGAGUCCUGCACCUCCCGCACCAAGUGUACUGCCGGGUAUGAAAGUGCCGAUGCAGAAGAUGAGGAAGAGACAGAUUCCUUGUCAUCUGAUAAUGAAUCCGCUGAUUCAAACGAACAAACAGAAGAGGUCCCCUCUGUGUCAGGAGAGAGCGCAGAGGGCCCACAAGCAGGUCCUGCUCCUGAUACAGGAAGUCAACAAGCAGUUCCUGUUCCUGCACCAGGAAGUCAACAACCAGGCGGAGGAAGCGGAGGAACAGGAGGAACCGAAGGAGCCGGAGGAGACCAAUCAGGAACGCUCCCAUCUGCAGAAGUCCAACCAGCAAUAUCCCCACCUGCAGGAGACCAUCCACAACCGCCCACUGUAA